AGCCUUAUCUUCUUAAUCACGGCGCCGCAAACACUUAAGCCUGGCAGUUGGUAUAAAAACGGAUACUCCAUCACCAGGAAGCACAGUUCUAUCUGCGCUUUGCUCCAAUCAAGUACAAAGUUUACACAAGCAAACGGCUUUUUAUUAAAACAUAAACAUCAUGUUCAAAUUAUUCUUCUCAUUGGCUGCCCUCUGCUUCUUGGCCACAUGUUUCGGCCAAACGUUUCAAUACUCACACGGCUGGACCAGCGGCAAACGAGCGGUGAACACUCAUCGUGACAAUGAUAUUGCCGAAAUGCUCCAACAAGAUGGCGAACGCAAAUUGGAAAGAUGUCUCAUGCAGUUGCAAUAUUUAUUACACAAUCCCCUGUCGAUUCGUGCCGGCGUUCAAGCCCUGACUCCAGCAAACGGUAAUCUAUUUGGAAAUCGUCAUCAAUCAAAUGAAUUGUACGAAGAGCUGAAUGCUGCCGAGACGAACGAUUAUGGAAAGCAUUAAAACAUGAUUAUGGCCAUAAAAUAUUAAUAAAACGAAGCGACUCCACACGAAUUUAGUAGUAUAUUUAAUAGAAUAUUUGGAACAGCAUACAUACACAUUUACAUAAUACAGUUAUUUAUUGUACAUAUAUGUAUAUGAUUUCGUUAACAUAUUUUACGAACUACAGUUAUACUAAUAUAUGCACUUGUAAGUUUAAAAAUACUAUGAUUGUGCAUACUUUUACAUAUAUACAUGCAUACAUACCAUAUGUGUGAAAAAUAAAAAAAAUCUUGAAAGUAAAAAUCUAAAAAACGCAAAUAUAGCAGAAAGCUAAGUUGAAAAACAAGAAAAGUGUAUGUUAGUGUCAAAGAUGGGAUUAAAAAGAUGUUUAAGGUCUUGAAAAAU